UGCAACUGAUUUAUAAAAUUUAUUUGAAUUAACUAGAUAUACGUUUAGUUCAGCAAAUGUAGAGUAGAUUCAAGAAAUCGUCUAUUAAGAAAGUGCAUUUGCAGUUGAACCUCGUUAUAAAACGAAUUGUUGCCUUGAUUGCAUACAGACAUCUUACCAGUUUAAUUGAUUCGAAAAAAUGGCUCUACCAUUGACUGAAAAAAAAAUACGGCCAGUAGUAAAUGAUGAAAUUGUUCGCAAAUUGGUUGAAAAAUUGUAUGGCUUUAAAGUAAAAAGUAUUCAGGAAUUAAAUAGUUAUGAUGACAAAAAUUAUCGCAUUAUUUGCUACCCAGAAUUUGAAAAUAUUUACGUGAAAAAUAUUGCUAAUGAAGGAUAUGUUUUAAAAAUAAUUAAUUCAUUAGACUCUCAAGAUCAAGCUUCUAUCGAAGGACAAAAUGAAAUGAUGCUGUAUCUAAAUAAAUGUAACAUAUCAUGUUCUGUACCGAUUCCAAAUUUAUGUGGUUCUUACUACUCUUUAGAAAAACUAAGAAGUAAAGAUACUACAGAACAUAUUGUCCGCUUAUUGAUUUUUUGUCCUGGAGAAAUAUUAUACAAUGCUAAAGUUUCGCCAGAGUUACUUUUUGAUGUUGGAUAUUUCAUUACUGUUUUAAAUGAAGCACUUAGCAAAUUUUAUCAUUAUUCUUAUCAAAAUCGUAAUCACUUAUGGACUCUUCUUGCCUUACCACGCUUACAUGAUUAUCUAUUUGUUAUUAAAAAUGAGAAUGAUAAAUUAUUAAUUAAAGAUGUAAUCAAAAGUUUUGAAACAAGCAUCGUCAAUAAUCUUGAUCAAUUCGAUAAAGGAAUAAUUCACGGUGAUUUAAAUGAACAGAAUAUAUUAAUUAAUUCUGAGCACAAUAAAAUAAUUGGUAUUAUCGAUUUUGGUGAUACUCAGUAUUCAUGUUUGAUCUUCGAAUUAUCAAUUGCUGUAUGUUACAUGAUAGUGCAAGCAUGUGAUAUUACAGCAGGUAAAUAUGUUAUUAAAGGAUAUACAAGUAAAAAUAAAUUAUCAAAUUAUGAAAAAAAAAUUUUGAAAAUUGCUGUUUGCGCGCGAAUAUGUCAGAGUUUAGUUUUAGGUAUUCAUUCACAUUUGGAUGAACCGGAUAACAAUUACUUGAUUGUAACACAAAAAUCCGGAUGGAAUAUUCUUCGGGAACUUUGGCCAAUGAAGGACGAUGAUAUUAUUAAAAUGUGGGAUCUUUGAAUUAAAAUUUUUUUUUUUUUUUUUUUCAAAUAACUUUUAUAUGUUUAUUAGCAAGUCAUUUUUAAAUGACUUUUAAUUUACCAAUUGUGCAGUGAUAUAUAUAUAUAUAUAUCAGAGGAUUAAAAAAAAAUUUUUUUUUUCUCUUCCUCUUUUCCGACAAAGAGUAGUAAGUCAUUGAUACAAAAACAAUUAUAUUUAAAUAAUAUUAUAUGUCACAUAAAUGUUUUGGGAGCAUGUAUUAAGUUAUAACUCGAUUCAAAUUGAACAAAAAAAAUUAUCCUAAUAAGUAUGAUUUUGUAGAGAACAACAUCAAUUACAUGAUCAAAUUUUAUUUUUCAAAUAGCUGUUACUUCGAGUAGAUUUUUUAAAAUUUAUAACUUAAAUAAAGUCAUACAAUAAACAAUGUCAAAUAAAUUUAAUUUUAUAUUUAUAAAACAGGAAAUUGACUAUUAAUUCCGCUAAUAUUCUCUGUGAGUUCUAAGGCUUCAUUUUAGGUAACAGCUUUUCUAUGUCGAAGACUAAUGAUUUUAUGGGAAUGAAAAAAGUUAAUUGAUGAUUUUUAAAUCACCCUUAUAUAUGGGUCAUUCCACCAAAUAAAAUUAUUUUUAUGGGGCGACCCUCGUCGAUUUGGUUCAAACUUUGUGGAGUCGUUCUAUAUAUUAAAAAGAAAAAUUCUCUAAAAAUUUGAGCCUUUUAUAUGCAGCUGUUUCAAAGUUAUGAUUUUUUGAAUUUUUUAAAAAUUUUUGUUUUCAACUUUUUUAUUAAUUUUUUUGAAGGAAAAAAUUUUCUUAAAAAAAUGAGCACAUAACAGUUUUUGGUAGGAAAAAUUCUCAGCUUUUCAAUAAAAAUAUCCAUUUUUUAUUUUAUGUUACAGAAGACCUUUAAAAAUUCGAUUAAGACGAAAAAACGAUUUUUAUGACUGUGCGGCGCUUGAUACAUCUAAUUCGAUAUUUUUUUCUGAAAGCUGAGACUUUUUCCAACAAAAUAUGUAAUUUUCACGAUGUGCAUAUUUUUUGUUUGAACAAAAUCAAUAAUUAUUUAAAUGCAAGUCAUUGAUUUUAUAGUUUUAACAAACUGUAAUAGUUCAUUGUGUGGCAAGAGAUGAAACUAAACGAUGUCAGACGAGAGUAAAGUAGGCUGCCCGAGCCGUAGGCAAAAGCUGACAAUAACUGCAAUCUGAAGUCGUGUUUCAUCUAGCGUUACACACUAUUUUUUUCAUUACCUGCAUUAAAAAUUAUUAUUAGUGUCAGCAGCCAGUUAAAAUCAAAUUAUAUUAAGACCAAUGGUGUGAUCAACCAUUAGUGUACGCCUAACUUAUGAUUUGCAAUUUAUAAUUAAACAGAAACCACAAAUACUAUUUAUUAUGCACACAAAUGUUUAUAAAACUUGAUUACAAAGUCAGAACUGUCAUUAACGCAGAUGACAUCAAUAGUUUGAAAUCACUAUUAAACAAAACUCAAGAAUCAAAGUUCAAAUUACUGAUUCCUAGACUUGAACCAUUGAUGCUGGUAUCAUGAAAAAUAGUUUUAUAAUUUUUGUUUUUAGAGCUUUACUGCAGAUACAUACCUGAAAACAUAUCCUCACACCACAAAAUUUAUACAUCCGGAUAUUCAAAAUUCUACCAGCGUUGAUUUCUCUGUUAUAACCAACCCUUAUUAGAAGAAACGACUUAAAACGAUUGGAAAAAAAAUUUUAAAUACUUUUUAAUGCUUUUGAAUACUUUGAAUACUUUUGAAUCACCCUUUUUAUGGGCAUUUAACAUUACAAAUCGUUUCGAAUCGUUUCGUUUAAUCAGGGAAUGAUGACUUUUUAAAGAAUAUAAAUGUUUUAGACGUACGAUACUUGGAGUCAAAAACGGUGAAAGAAACACAAGCAGUGCACCCUAUCUCACCUAUUGUUGAUAGCUUAGGAUAUAUGUGUUGAAAGUGUAUCCUAACAUCCUCAAACCAAAUAAGAAUUAACGUUUUUUAAUCAUAGAGAGUUUAUAUUGUAUUUAAUUUUGUUCAAAAAAAACAAAUAUGCACAUCGUGAAAAAUACAUAUUUUGUGGGAAAAAGUCUCAGCUUUCAGAAAGAAAUAUCAAAUUAGAUGUAUCAAGCGCCGCACAGUCAUAAAAAUCGUUUUUUCGUCUUUAAUCGAAUAUUAAAAAGUCUUCUGUAACAUAAAAUAAAAAAUGGAUAUUUUUAUUGAAAAGCUGAGAAUUUUUCCUACGAAAAACUGUUAUGUGCUCAUUUUUUUAAGAAAAUUUUUUCCUUCAAAAAAAUUAAUGAAAAAGUUGAAAACAAAAAUUUUCAAAAAAUUCAAAAAAUCAUAACUUUGAAACAGCUGCAUAUAAAAGGCUCAAAUUUUCAGAGAAUUUUUUUUUUUAAUAUAUAAAACGACUCCACAAAGUUUGAACCAAAUCGACGAGGGUCGCCCCGUAAAAAUAAUUUUAUUUGGUAGAAUGACCCAUAUAUGUACUUUUUUCAUUAGCAGACAGUUACAUUUAUGUACAUAAAGAUGUAGUGAUUUUUAAAUUACGGAGUUUCACUGUAUAAAUUAACAAUAUUAAUCUAUAUUUACUUAUAUUCUUAAAUAUUCAUUUCACAUAUAAGCAUUGUAUUAUAUACAGUAAAUAUAAAUUAUCUAUAAUCAACUAUUUUUUUAGGGAAACACAAUUAUUAUAUUUUUAUAAAUGUUUCAAUCAUCUGUUAUGAAAACAAUAGAAAAUAUGUUAUUCUAUGUUUUAAAUAUAACUUAAAUAAAGAAAUUUAUCAAUUUAAUUCUUAUAAUCAAUAUGUAAUCUAAAAAAAAAAC